UGUACAUUGACCUUCUCAUUUUUCCCAAUUUUCUUCCCCAAUUUUUGAAGGGGGUGUGGUUGAAUAUAAUUCAAAAACAGCUAUGCUAUAUUAAUCCCCCCACCCAAAACUGAAUUUGUAAUUUUUUAUGUGCAAUUUGGUGAAAUCGAUGCGAAAAAGACUUGCACUUUUGGCUCAUUUUGUAUCUAUCGAAAGUGGGUGGAUUCCGAUUCACGAUUCAGAUGACAGUGAACAGGAAGAUGAAGCAAAAUUAAGCUUUAUUCCAGGUGUAAUUGAAUUGAUGUUCCCCUACAUUCUGCCCCAUCUCUCGGUACAAGGCUUAAAAAAUGCUCGAUUAGUCUGUCGCCACUGGGACGAACAAGUUUCUCCAAUUCUGCGAGGGAAAUGCGCCAUAAAAUUUGGUUUGCAGGGUCAAAACCCUUCUCUGCAAUUUUUGCGAUACGCUCACGAGAUGCAGAAUCCUGCAGACUGGCCAAACUGGAAGAUAAGCUUACCAAACCUUCCAGAAGAUGACCAGAAAAAUUUGGUAUUGAAGUAUACCACCGAUCUGACCUGGUUUCUUCAGCCGAGCAGAGGACAUCACGUCAAGACUUUGUCCUUGAGCGGGGAAAUCUCCGUACCAGUUAUAUCUCGAUACCGUUUUUCAAUUGAGAAACACCUUGGAAGAAUUGUAUUUAGACGUCAACAUCCAAAUUUACGACAAUUAUGGCUCCGAGAAGGAAUAUCCUUGGCUGAUGUCCGUCCUACUAUUUUUCCCCGUAUUGAACAAGUUUUCUCUACGAUUGGUUAAUCCUUGGGGCCGAACACCCGUCCCCCUGACCGCGAGAUGGAUGACAACUUGGGCCCACGCCAUUAACCGGGCCACCUCCAUUUCUACGGCCGGCGAUGAAUCCCUGGGGUCGAGAUUUCUCAAAGAGUUGGUAAGAACGCGAAUUCCGUGGUUUCACAAUUUAACGGAGGUCUCGCUAACUUGCGAGGCAGAGGAUGGAAUCAAGUUCCUCACCGGGUUUACCAAGCCUCUGAAGAAGUUGACGUUGGCGAUACCUCUGGAAAGCCGGAAUCUUCCCGACUUUGAGAAUUUGCUCAAGAAAUUCGCCUCGUCACUGGAAUUGCUGAGCUUUCAAAUUUCCACGGAAGGCUUGGAACCAAAGUCUCGUUUCGUCCUGAAUUUACCAUGUCUUCCCAACUUGAAAAGUUUAAAUGUCCACUUUGGUGAAUUUGAAUGUGCCAGAUAUUACCAAGGUUGUGGGUCUUGUUUUGUUAAAGACGUGGCUCGAUUACGGCUCGCGUUUGGCGACGAUGUCGUCGGUAUCAAGUACGAGCGUCACCUCCCCGCGAUUCGCUUCAUCGUGAUACACCCAAAGGUUGUACAUGAUGCGGCUAAUUUUUGGAACACGUACAGCGACCUGUUGGAGUCCUUUCUCCCUAAAGAAGACGGAGGACAAGGAUGUAUAACUCUGCGGCAUUUCGAACUUCCGGUUUUCUACGAUGUGAAGAUUGAGACGCACUAUCGUCAAGCGCACCGACUGCCGGAGGUAUUUCCUAAUGUGAGGAACAAAUGGAUGGAUAGGUUACGGGAGGUGAGAAACAAAUAGAGGGUGUUCCGAAAGUAAUGCAACUUUGGUAAAAUGCAUAUAUCCAAGGGUAUCAAUUUGCCCCAAAUUCGAAAUAGGGUGAAUAUUGUAGUCCAUACGUUUAUCUAGUAGAAUCCGAAAACCAGAAGUCGAUAUCUCUAUCCGUUCCAAAAUAAGGUCAAAUACCACCGAGCAACUCGCAACCAUCGUCUGCCACUAUAACGAAAAAGUGGUUACGCGCUCCAAGAAAUUGAGCUGUGUUCACUUUAAAAAAGAACAAAUUUCAAAAGUGACAAUUUGCUGUGUACUACUAAGGUAUGAGCUGCAAAAAACUACUAAUCGCAAAAAAAUAUCUGGUCGGCCCAUUCGUGUGGCAGCCCCGAAAGUAAUAAACUUCGUGAAAACAGAAAUUUGCAAUGUCGGAGCGAAAUUCGCUGAAGUAUUUGAAGUUGUCACCUAACACCAUACAUUAUUUUAAAGCUUAGAAGUUGGACAUCAAAUCCUAGAAGGUUAUAUAAGCUUAUAAAUAUAGUGAAGAGUAAAAUAAAAGUAGCAAGCAGGAGGCCAGAAAAAAUCCUUGACCUGAAGUAAUCAAAAUUAAUCAAAAUUGAUCGUCCUGUACAAGACGAUUUACUGCUCAGAUUAUCAAAAUGCUUUUAUUUGCACAUAGUACAACUCUCCCACCUUCAAGAAAACCAUUUAUGCAAAACUGGGAAAUAAAUCUAAGCCAAAGUAUCCCGUUCCGCCUUAAAACGGAUCAAAUGCAAUUAACAUGGGAGAGGUGAACAACGUUCCCAAAUUUGUCAAAUACAAGACCUAUUGAACAAUUUUAGUUUUUAUCCAAGAAAGAAUAUUGUAAUCGAAAAACUUCAGUCAAAAAUUUGAACUUAUUUCACCACAUGUUGUCAAAAAUCCCAAAAAAGGUAACCAGAAACAGUGGCGAAGCACGAAUGGGAAGCACCCGACAAAAGCUUCCCCAAAUUGGGCGGAAGGAGAUGUAUGGACCAUUCGAAACAAACAGUAAUUAGCUUUAACCUUUGUAUAUUUCUGACCAAAAUUUCGCCUAAACUAAUGCAUUGCUUCAGUUUAUAUGUGCAUUUGACCAAAGUUGCAUUACUUCCGGAACACCCUCUAAAAUAGAUUAAUUCUAAUUUUAAUUUCAUUAAUUUGAUGCUAAGAUUAAUUUUCAUGGAAGAAUGUAAUGCAAGAUGAGUAAUUUAGAAAUGUUGGAUUAAUUUAUGGGUAAAUUUGCACUAAUAAUUAUUACAUAAUCUUCAUGACAUAUUUUGUGUCAUUAUGAAUAUGCAUUUCAGAUAA